AUGAACAUAUCACAAGCCGUGUGCGAAGGCAAACAGAAACCAGAGGGUCGUCCCUCAAGUGCCAUAUCCCGCCUGGACAAUCGUGCUGGUUUUGAAUUUUCGGAAAGAAUGAAAGAAUUAAAGAAUUUCCCCAACGGUUCGUCAAGCUUGCACGUAUUGUUUCUGAAUGCCCUCCCUAUGGAUCUAUGGACUAGAACUAUGACUUGGAUGGCUGCGCGGUGUUCUCAAGACCCCGAUGAGUCGAAAUGUUCUGGUUCCAACAAGAAGCGAAAGGCUCAUCAAUCUAUGCCUAUUCCCACAUGGCUGAUAUGGGCUACUUCUAUAAUCAUGGGCAUUGGAACUUCUUCAGAUAAUGGGAGGCUCCCAAACGAUGGUGUCGGACGCAAUUUCCAAGAAUUUGAUUAA